AGCGCUUUAGCCAAGCCCAGUGUGCUGGAUUUAAAUGGUCCAGUUUUGACACAUUUGCUUUGCUCAAUCGAGCACUGGCGCUAAGCCCUGGGAUUUCACCUCGUCCUUGAGAGACCAGCGCAAAUCAACACAGAUAAGACAUCCCGACCCUGUUCACCUCUCCUGGAGGGUCGUUUUCCUUCGAGACACGUGGACGGAGACGUACGCGACACUAGGGACCGAAGAGCUCCAGCCUCUAUAGAGGGACUCAGACAGGGUGGGAGGAGAUCCCAGCAGGGUUCAGCUCCUCACCAAUGGGUUUAUGGUCUGAAGACGAGCAGCACUCAUCUCUUUCACAUCCUUUGUAGGUAGAAGCAGAUACAAGGACAAAACUCUUUCACAACAAGAAGCCUCGACACGACUGACUGACUGUUCAGAGCGAUCCAGCCACACAUUCACACUCUCUGCAGGAGGAAUGAAGACAGGUGAAGCUGAAGACAGGAUGUCUUCCAAGCGACCAGCCUCUCCAUAUGGGGGAACAGAUGGAGAGGUAGUCAUGGCGACGAGCAGACAGCGAUUGGAAGAUGAAGAGGUUGACGGACAUGCUGUCAUUCACUUGCCCCUGAGUUCGUACUGCAGCAAGGUGUCCCCACGAUCUCCUCGACUGCUCGACAGCCCCCCAACACUACACGCAAACAUGGAUCAGGAUGGCAGUAAAGGCCUGGCGCUGAGCCCCUACGCCCAGCACAACUCGUCUACCUCACCCAGUAAACAGCAGCAGGAGGACAGCUCAAUGAGGCCGGGCAGUGAACCCGGCUCCGCAUCAGCUCUGGGCACACCGGAGAGACGCAAGGGCAGCCUGGCCGACGUGGUCGACACGCUCAAACAGCGCAAGAUGGAGGAACUCAUCAAGAACGAGCCAGAGGAGGCCCCCAGUAUUGAGAGGCUGUUGUCUAAAGACUGGAAGGACAAGCUAUUGGCCAUGGGUUCUGGCAACUUUGGAGAGAUCAAAGGCACCCCGGACAGCCUGGCGGAGAAAGAGCGGCAGUUGAUGGGGAUGAUCACGCAGCUCAGCAGUCUCCGAGAGCAGUUACUGGCUGCCCACGAGGAGCAGAAGAAACUGGCCGCUUCACAGAUUGAAAAACAACGCCAGCAAAUGGAGUUAGCAAAACAGCAACAGGACCAGAUUGCACGACAACAGCAGCAACUUCUGCAGCAACAACACAAAAUCAACCUCCUGCAGCAACAGAUCCAGCAGGUCCAGGGUCAGUUGCCUCCGCUGAUGAUUCCAGUGUUCCCUCCAGAUCAGAGAACUUUGGCGGCCGCUGCAGCACAACAAGGAUUUCUACUUCCUCCUGGAUUCAACUACAAACCAGGAUGCAGUGAACCUUACCCUCUUCAGCUGAUCCCUACGACUAUGGCGGCCGCUGCUGCGGCAACACCUGGCCUUGGUCCUCUUCAGCUGCAGCAGUUGUAUGCAGCUCAGCUAGCUGCCAUGCAGGUGUCUCCGGGGGCCAAACACAGCACAGUGCCUCAGGCCAACCUGGCAACCGGAACACUCUCGCCCACCAGCGGCCAGAGCGAGAAAAACAGAAGCACCCCACCACCAAAGCCCAAGGACGAGGGCGCUCAGCCCUUGAAUCUGUCGUCCAAGCCUAAGGCAUCCGAGAGCAAGUCACCCACCUCCCCCGCUUCCCCACAGGUCCCUGCCCUGAAGAUGGGCCCCGGGUCCCUGAAGCACAGCGCACCCUCCAGCAUCGGAGGACCGCCAUCCAGGCUCAGCUCAAUAGACCUGUUAUCAUCCAUCACCUCUGCCGGCUACCUGAAUGACCAUGAGGCCGUGACCAAAGCUUUCCAGGAGGCCCGAAAGAUGAAAGAACAACUAAAGAGAGAGGAGCAGGUUUUGGACGCCAAAGUAGCAGCAGUCAACAGCCUGAGCCUCAACAACGGACGCUCAGAAAAGGAAAAAGCUGCUCUCGAGAGCCUGAGCCAGCAGUUAAAACAGUCUGAAGAGAGUAAGUUCACCCAUGCAAUGAUGGACUUUGGCAUCAGUGGCGAUUCAGAUGGAAGCCCAAGUGUGUCGGACUCACGGAUCUUCCGAGAGGCUCGAGGGCGUGGCAGCAGUGAACCACACAUCAAGCGACCCAUGAACGCCUUUAUGGUCUGGGCUAAAGACGAGAGGAGAAAAAUCCUUCAGGCCUUCCCUGACAUGCAUAACUCAAAUAUCAGCAAGAUCCUCGGUUCUCGUUGGAAGUCGAUGACCAACUUGGAAAAGCAGCCAUACUAUGAAGAACAGGCCCGUCUUAGUAAGCAGCACCUAGAGAAAUACCCAGACUACAAAUACAAACCACGGCCCAAACGCACCUGCCUGGUGGAUGGAAAGAAGUUGCGCAUUGGUGAAUAUAAGGCAAUCAUGCGCAAUCGCAGACAAGAAAUGCGCCAGUACUUCACUGUGGGGCAGCAGGCCCAAUUGCCUUUGUCCUCAGCAGGCGUUGUGUACCCGGGAGCUCUCUCUAUGGCAGGAAUGCCCUCUCCACAGAUGCCCUCUGAGCACUCAAGCAUGUCAAGUAGCCCCGAACCAGUCCCACCCACCAGCCAAGCCUCUUAUUUCAAAGAGGUGGAGCCUCGUGUGAAGGAGGAGCUGAGAAUGGACGAUGGCAACGGUGAUGCCUAUGAUGACUUUGACUACGAGGACGAUGAUGGAGACUAUGGCAGCGACAGCGAGAAUCACAUCACUCAGUAAACCUGCAAAUCCCAACCAACUCACCAGUCACCUGGCAUCUCACGUAAACAAACUUAAUUCCACCCCAUACACCGUCCAAUCAGGACUCCUCCCGAGCCAAGCCUGAUAUCAACGGCAAAGCACAGGAUCUGUCAAUCAAUGUGACUGUUACAUAAACAGGAGGGUCUUGUGAAGGAAGUGUAACACUUGCCUUGACUCUCGCUGAGCGAACGUGCCGCGGCAAGUUCAUAUUGUAUCACGAGUAAGCUACGACAACAUAGGAGAAAUGACCAGUUUGUUAUUGAGACAUUUAUUUCUAAGGACCUGUCAGUCGACCCGUCAUAGACACUUUAAAACGGUGGACCUGUUUGUUUCUAAAGAGACACUUUUAAACAGCUUUUUUUUCUUGGUUCUAUAAUAUUCUCACUCAGGUACACAGUGCCAACAAGUGGCUUGUGAAUGUGAUUUUGUUGUUUUUGUGCUACAAUUUUAAUAGAGAAAAAAGACGUUUAUUUUCCUCUUCACCGUAAAGCACCUGACAAGAGUAAAACGACAAACAUUUGCUUUUUUUUUCUCUUUGGCUUGCUGUCAGCUGAAUCUUUCUAUCAUCCUCACGCCCAUGUCCUCUCACUCAAAGAUAUCUUUUCUUUUGGAUGGAAGGGAGGAUUCGCGUCCCUUCACUCAGGAGUUCGGACACCGCUGGAUGACAGACAAUCCCUCCUUCCUCGCAUCUUUUCCUCUUGACACACUUUUACUGUUCCUUUCUCUUCCUCUUCUGGGGAAACUCUGGAUGUUGACGUCUCUCUCAGGUGUGGAGACAAACUUUAUGAGAUAGCACAAACCUUGUGUUUGGUGAACAGCUGACAUGGCGAUGGUUAUCGUGGAGAGUGAAGCCUCGAGCAGAAUUAUUGUAUGCGUGCACAUUUCUUUCUGUUUGUGUGUAUGUGUGUGUGUGUGUGUGUGUGUGUGUGUGUGUGUGUGUGGAUGAACGCGGCUUUUGCUAGGUUUUAAGUUAAUUUUUAAUACAUAUGGACCGUUGAUGUGCUGGUCAUGUGAACAUUUACAAAAAAAAUAAUAAUAUUCAAUGCGUACGAUUCAUGCAGAAGAAACCCAAAAAAUAACACUGCAUUUCUUUAUUAUCUUUAUUAUGUUUUUGUUUUGUUUUUCCUCUUUCUUUCUUUCAUUUUCUUCCGUCAUUCUCAUUGUCUCCCUGAACAUCUUGGUGCACCUCAACCCAAAAGCAAAAGAGGAGACUCGGAGAGAAAAGCUCUCUAGAGAAGAGUCUGUGUUUGAAUGGAGUAUUGAAGGAGGAGAAUAGAGUUCCCGCAAGCCCCAGUGUUCAAAGCACAGCUCGGAGAGAAAGCAGGGAUGUCUGUACAAGACAAGCACGAGUGUGCGUUUCAAUCAGCGCCCCUUAAUAUAUCACACAUCUCUCUCGUCCUCCGCAGGGGUUUGUGUUCCGUCUCUCUCCUCUCUUUAUUUCCUAUCUAUCACUUGGUUGAUCAGUGCAGAGGAGUCUGUGAGUCGUGCCAUCAGUCAUCGCUCUCUGUGUGGCUCUGACUGACCCACUCCAUCUUACUGCACCUGUGUGGCGGCUGUUGGCACAGCGAUGGCGUUUGAUUGACGGCUGCCCUAACUGUAACUACUCUGCCAGCCUGUCUCUGGCCUGGUGUGGGCAUAAGCGGGCAGCUGGAUGAGAGAGACACGCAAGCUGUUAGGUGAACAGCGGCCAGACACUUGCCAUUAAUAUCUCCGUGUUCUCCCUUUACGUCCACCCAAACCCCGUCCACUCACAGCACAUAUCAAACUCUAUACUUUUUAUUGGCCUACUUGAGAUUUUGUUUAGGAAGAAAAAGUUUCAGGUACUCUGAUGCCAGCAGCGCUAGCAAAUUGAUGACCGACGCUCGUCUCUGUCUAGUUUAUUGGUUUCAAUGAGGCCGUCUCGUCUCUCUGUUUGUAUUUGUGUUUUGCCUCCAUGUCAACGUCACUCUGCUGUUGAGGAUGAGAGGAGCCGUUUCAGACUUUGCAUGUCAAUGUUUUAGUUUGUAUUUGCAAAUACUGUAUUUUAUUUUUAUUAUUAAAACUGCCUCUAGUGUAAUAAUAUUAUUAACAAUAAUUAUAAAAAUAGGCAGCAUUUCCUAAGUUUAGUAAGUUAUGUACAGUAUAAUUUAUUAUUUUCCUCCAGUUGGAUUUUUUAUGAUCGUAUGGAAACUGCGCUUGAUAAAGCAUUAUAUUUAGCUGGGUAGGUAUUUAGAUCUAAUUAUUAUGUUCCGUUUUGUUUUUGUUAUUGUUUUUUGUUUGUUUUUUUAUCCUGUUCUGACGCUGGUAUAUAUCUGAAAAGUGGUCACGGUGAACUGCUGAUAUGAAGGAAAAGAGACAUUUCUCUUUUUUCAUUUUCUUUUUCUCCUCCGUGCAUCGUUCAUGAACUCCAAACACAUUUCUUAAAGCACUAGGACUCUGGACACUCGGAGACAAACAUAAGAAGAACCUGAUAUUUUUAUUUGUAAUGGUUUAUGUAUAAUGUGAAGUUUCCUAUCUGUUAAUUCUCUUUUUGCUAAAGAUAAAGAAAACAGCUAUAUUAUACCCCAACUGCUAUUGAACAGAAAGAGCGUGGAUCUUGUUUACUGAUAUUUGCCAUCCUCUCUCUUACAUUUCAUUGGAACAUCAUUGGCUUAGACAAAUGCUUUUGUUUACCUGUUGUGUUGAAUUAUAGUACAAAUCAAGGAUCGUUCACCCCCCCAAAUGACAAAACUUGACUUACUUUCUUCUGUAGAACAAACCAGUUCAAGAGACGUUGAAGCUCUAAAAAGAAAGAAAAGCAUCAUUAAGUAUGUGGUACAUUCAACUGUGCUACAUUUAGUCCAAGAAAUCUAUAUGAUUGUUUUGUGACGAUCAUAAUUGACUUUAAAUUUAGCUUUUCAUUGCAGGAGAGUAAGCAACUUUGGUUUUCACAGAAGAAAAAAGUUGAGCUUGUUUUGAAAGGCUUGGUGGCAGGUGAACUAUUCCUUCCAGAAUUGGUGAUCAGAUUGUCUGAUUCCAGUGACGCUCCACUGAACACCCAUAUUAGAUGUUUUUAUCUCCAGAAUUGUUUUGGCUCCACACGAUGCCUCCCUCUGUCAAUCAAGCUCAUGAUAGUGACAUCACAAUCACACCUUUUUCAGACACCGAAAGUCACAAUCAUUGAAAAGCCGCCAUCUAGUGUGACCAUGUUUCAUAAAUCAUUUGACAGGCACACUCAUGCUGGUUUAACGUACAAGCUCGCGGCCUGUCCGCACGGGAACCUCAUGGUCUUAAUGAACAUCUUAUUUUGAUGAUGGCCUGUAUUACGAACAAUAAUUGAAAAGACAAUCAAAGUCAUGUGUGGAGCUCAAAACAAGGUAAAUGACAACAAACAAAAAGUACUUAGAAACUUAUCUUACCAUCUCAACUUGAAAACUGAGAAAGAUAAUUAUGUAAAUAUAGCAUAGAGUUAUAGAUUUAUAUUUUGUUCAUAACACAGUGUAAUAUAAGUUGUAUAUUUCUUUCUCUCUUUUAUUGAUGUUAUUCAUGCCACAAUAAAAGUAAGAGUCACUGUACUCUUAUGGAAAAAAAAGAAGAAAAAAAAGCAAGCCGUGGGUUACCACCAUCUGUUCUAAGUUGACGUUUUUCAGUAUUACUGCCAGUCAAGGCUCAAAUAAAAACAGCAACGUGUUCUGUAUCUCUA